CGUGUUUACAAGUUUACACAUGACUUGGGUUCAGCAGAUUAAAUAAAUUCAAAUCGCGCUGUAUAAGAGUAACUGACACGCAGAAAACUUGCCAUUUGGACUCCGAGACUCGUCGUUGUUGGUGUCGUCAACAGUUAUAAAAUGGAGAGCACCGAAUCAAACACACCCGUAAAGGAAACGACGGAAAUUAAUCCAGACGAUAUACCGGAUGAGGUGACGAUAUUGACACCGAAGGAAGUGAAAGCGAUCAGCGAAUCCUGGAAGGUCGUUUAUGCUAAGAAAAAAGAGAAUGGUGUAGCCCUAUUCAUAAGACUGUUUCAGUCAGUCCCGGGUUCAAAAUCUCUCUUCAAAAAUCUUGACGGAAUUGACGAUGAAGAGAAACUACGAAAUCAUCCACGUUUGAAAGCACAUGGUUUUCGUGUUAUGUCAUCUGUUAACUCGUUGAUAGAGAGUUUGGAGGAGGGUGAAUUGUUGGUCCAGUUGCUCAAAGAUCUUGGAAGCUCACAUUCAAAGAAUAAAGUCACCUCUUCACAUUUUGAUGCAUUAGGACCGGUUAUCAUUUGGUUACUGCAAAAGGAAAACGGCGACAGCUUCACCCCGGCUGUCAAAAACGCGUGGUUGAAAGGAUGGGGCGUGAUGAAAUCCGUCAUUGUGGGAUCACUGGAGGAAGCCUAUGCCAAAAUGAAAACAUAGAGGGCGUCAGAUAAUGAUGCUCACGUCACUAAGAGGCUACGAGACAAUAACUAAUUAAUUGUUAUAGUAUUGUGCAAUGAAUCAUUGGAAUAAAGAUUCAUAAGCUCUUCGAAAAAUCUGCUUUACAUUUUAUUCAAUCACGCAAUAUGUCUGCUGGGUAUCCCGAGAUCUCGCCGGUGUUGCUUGAUCUUUGAAAUGAACUGAAUAAAUUUGGGAAAUUAGCUCAACAAUAA